ACUCACAGAAGUGCUGCACAAAUGCAGUUUCAAGAUCACAUUGUUGUCAGCAUUUUCGGAGAUAUAAACUCAACUUUGAUCGGCCUGCGGGACUUUGUCAUGCCUCUGCGCACCAGCAACUUGAAGUAUAAGGAGCUGAAGCCAAUAGUGUUUCUUGGGGAGCUCGAUUAUCUGACGAGAGAAUGGAAGUCCAUACAGUACUUCCCCAAAUUAUUUAUCUUUCCA